GAUUGCCAUAUUGGAUGAAUUAGACAUGACUUCUGUUCCAGAGUUACACAAAAAAAUGUAUCAACUUCCAGCUGAAAAAGUUCCUGGUCCUUUUGCUAAAUCAAAUUAAUGAAAUGCCACACUCUGCUACUCUAUGGCCUCAAAUCUGCUGCUUUCACAAUGAAUGUUUAAGUUCUCUUCACUGAGCACAGCAGACCAGCCUUUACAAGUGUUGCUCUCUUCUUGACUGUUCUGUUUCUAGUGCUUUCUUCUGGGAGCCAGUGAGGAAGGUAUGAAAGAUUGGGAAGGGGGGGUGGGGGUCAUGAAAAGCUGGGGGGAAAGGGGGACAUGAGAGGCCAGGAAGGGGGGAACGGGAGGAACUAGGAAGAUGCUCAUCUGCUUUCUCUAUGCUGUAUGACUUAUCAGAAGCAGUCAAUAAUGUAUCAUGACUUCUCUCCUAACAACCUUGUCAACACUAUCUAAGUACAAACUCAGUAAAAGGACAAAACAUGUAAAAUUCAACAGCAAACUUACUAAUUACAAAUAAACUUGUGACAUCUAGCAUCUCUCCUCCCUCUCUGAACAGGGAAGCCAUUCAACAGCAAUAAACAGCUUAGCUUGUCAGUUUUCAUCUUUCCUGGGUGUGUAUAUGUUUAUAAGUGAAGAAAUGAAUUACAUCAACAGAAGUUCUUUGUGAAAAACACCCCUUUCCUUAUCUAUAGCAACACCCAAACUCUGUAGUUCUACCAGGAAUCAGAGCCAUAAUACGAAAUACAGAGCAAAAUACUAGUGACUGAUGCACAAGUUUUUACAUGAGGAAGGAUGACGCAACAGUGGCAAAGGCGGUAUAAGAUGCACAUGGCACCUAAUAAUGACAACGGAAAUAAUAUUAGUAAUCCAGCUGUAGAAGAAAGAACCCAAGAUGAAUCCACUUCCCUCACACGAGACACACAGGGCCGGAGGCGAGCUUCUGAUGUGUUAUCAAGAGAGCUGGAAGAGGAAAUUCUUGGACCCAUCGAAGAUACGCUAUGUGGUGUAGGGUCUCUGAAGGGAGGCUUCUUGCAACAGCUUGCUCACCCAGGGACAUACUUGGUGAUUUCAAGUGUAGUUGCCCUUGUGCAGGGGAUGUUUUUCACGUAUAGCAAUGCCACCUUAUCUACUAUUGAGAAACGCUUUAGACUCCCUAGUAAAGUUUCAGGAUUUGUGACAACAGGAAAUGAUGUGAUUCAAUUGCUUCUAUCAAUACACAUCACAUUUGUGGCUGGACGAGGACACCGACCAAGAUGGCUUGCCUUGGGGAUGUUUUGUGCUGCUUUGGGUUGUUUGUUAGCUGUAAUCCCACACAUUGCUUUUGGUGCUGGUGACCUCCCUAUUCAGCCUUUAACACCUGGCCAGUCAGUAACAAGAGAUUCACUCUUAUGCCAAGCAGGAAAUCUCUCUAACACAUCUUGUGAACAGGGAAAAAAGGCAAUUGGAGUUGAACAGGCUACAGUUGUCACACUUCAUCUCAUGGCACAGAUGUUGGCUGGCUUUGCAUCAAUGCUUUACUAUACAGUGGGCUACUCAUAUUUGGAUGAGGCUGUCAGCAAGAAGAAGGUUCCACUUUUUCUUGCUGUGUCAGGUAGUCUCAGAAUCCUGGGUCCAGUGUGUGGAUAUUCCCUGGCUGGAUGGUCCCUCAGUUACUGGGUUGAUCCAGCCUCUCCUCCUGACAUUCCUCCUAGACAUCCCAGUUGGAUUGGAGCAUGGUGGAUAGGUUACUUGGUGAUUGGUUCUGCGCUGUUAGUGAUUACCUGGUCUUUACUUCUUCUGCCAAGGAUGUUGCCUGGAGCUAGAAGGAGAGUUCUGCAAACUCUAAGAAAUGCUGCUGUGAAGGGCAAGGAUUCCUUAUAUGAGGUUAUCAAAACUCUGCGACCUUCUAAAAGGACAAAGGGUCAAGGAGGUAUAUGGUCAAGUGUGAAAAGGAUCUUGACCAACAAGAUUUACAUGCUGAUCAUAGCCAACCAGGUGCUCUUUUGGUUUGCAUUCUUUGGGUAUAUCACCUUCAAGUCAAAAUACCUGGAGCAUCAGUUCAAGAUGUCUGCAGCAAAGGCUAAUCAGUACAUUGCUGGUGCAGCAAUGGCAGCAACCCUUGUCGGAUGGCUUGGCACAGGUUCUGCUCUUACCUUCUUUAGACCUCGAGCCAAGGCUGUUAUCAUCUUUAUGGCUGCUUUGUCACUUACUAACUGCAUCCUGCAUCUGUGUAUGGUGAAUAUCUCUUGUAACCAUAGCACUGUUCAUGGGAUGGAUAUGGUCAUUCAAUUAGGUGAUGGAUCUCCCUCAAGAGAUAGCACUGUAGAAUCUACAAAAAAUGAUAGUUGUUCUUCAGGCUGUGAUUGUUCCCUUAAAUUUUCACCUGUAUGUGUUGAUGGUAUGAAAAACUUCUACAAUCCAUGUUUUGCAGGAUGUACAUCUUCAUCCAAAAGAAAUGGUUCCAAGGUAUAUGAAGAUUGUAAAUGUGCAGUAGAUACUUACAUGCCAUCAUAUACUACACCUCUAGAGAAUGACACAGGAGAAAAAGUGAUGGAUAUAGUAGAGCAUUCUGUGAAAGAUGGAUACUGUCAGCAUGACUGUCCAACAUUCUACAUGUAUCUUGCUCUCACAGUCCUCACUAAAAUGACACAUGCUGCCAGCAGGGUGCCUGUCAACCUAAUUCUCUUUAGAUGUGUGGAAGAACGUGACAAAGAUGUUGGGCUUGGUGUAUUUAAUGCAGCAAUUGCCAUGGGCGCUUCCAUACCAGCACCAAUUAUCUUUGGUUGGGCAAUAGAUUAUUCAUGUCGUCUCUGGGAGAGCUCAUGUGGGCAGCGAGGUUUCUGUUGGCUGUAUGACCUUGACAGCUAUAGGUCAAUUCUCCAUGGCAUUCCUGCUGCUCUUAUGGCAUGCUGUCUUUUGACUGAGCUCCUCCUUCUAACUCAACACAAAAAGAUCCACUUUUAUGGUGAUGAAGAAGAGGAGGAAAACAGUGACAGAAACAGCAGUGCAGAUGCUACAGGAGAGGAAACUGCUGCUUUAAAUUCUGAGGCUUGCUGAUGUUAAUAGUGGGAAUCUAAGCUCAUUUUUGUGCAGUUUGUUUUCUCAUUAUCUGUACUGUGUAUGAUGUGGUUUUAAAGGAGAAGAGGAAGAAACAGUUGAAUAUGAAUAUGAAUGACAAGUAUUGUAUUAAUGGAUUACAGAAAAGUGCCUAAUUCACAAUGUUAUCGUUAUGGAUGUGUAUGAGUAUGUAAGAUUGUAUCAUUGUAUAUUGACUCAGUUAUAUACAUUUUAUACAUUUAUUAUGGAUGUAAAUUCAAGCACACAUUAUUGCUCAAUUAUAUGAGUUCUGUGCUCAUUAUACUGCAGUACUUAUUAUUCAUGAAUAUUUUGUCAAUUUAUUAAGAAGAGUUUAAUAUGUUACCAUUCCAUAAUAAUGUUGAAUUAUAAUGUUUUUCAUGAUGUUGUUGAUUCAUUUUGCACAUUUCUAAUAAAAUGUUUGAAAAGAGAA